AUGGACCUUGCAAAAAUUCCCUUUGUGGUUGUUCCUGUUCUUCGACAGAGUGUAAUUGUAGCAAUUUUAGUGCUUGAAGUAAACCAACUGGCACCGGUUUUUCAUCCUCAGGAUAGUGGUGGCGAGGGUAGAUUUUUAAGUAGUUCGGCCGGAGGUGAAAUUGGAAAAGAUGGCAUUAAAGGUCGAUUAGGUGUGGAUUUAGCAAAUGUUAAAUCACAAGGCGUUCAAGCCAGGGUUGGACUUAAUGUUGAUUCAGGUAUUUCGACGAGUGAUGAUAGUUUAGAAGUUAAAGCAGCCGGUUUUGGUUUCAGUGUUGGAAAACAAACUGGAAUAAGCACUCCGUUUGGCGAAGUGAAGGUUGACACCGAUGAUUGUGUUAUACACAAAAACAAGUAUAAGAAAUUAAAAAGUAAUACAAAUAUGGUAAUGGUAAAAGAAAUUAUAAUUCCAAAAGAAAAUAAAGCACAAAUAGUAGAAAUUAGAUAUUUAGAAAAGCAAGAAACUACUCAAACAAGCAAGUUUUUAAAAUCAGUUUUACCGACUUCUUAUUGUAUGCCUGAUGAUGAUGGGGUUGGAGUUGAAAUUAAGGUAGGAACAAAUAGCACAGGUGUGAAUGUGGCAAGUGUCAAAGCUGGAGCAGUUGAAGCACGACUUAGACCAAAUGUUGAUACAGGAGCAUCAGCAGGCACUGAUGGUGUAGAAGUUAAAGCAACAGGCUUUGGGGUUAGUGUGGGUAGAAAGACAGGUAUAAGUACCCCACUUGGGGAAGUAGCGGUUAAUACUGAUGAUUGUGUUAUACAGUAA